GUCUGGCAUUGGUGUCUACAUUCCGGUCAUCAAUACUCAUUUCUCUGUCCCAAUGGCACGGUCUUCAAUCAAGCAGUAAGAGUCUGUGACUGGUGGUCUAAUGUUAAUUGUCCUGCGGCUGAACAAUUAUACGAAAAUAAUGAUGAACUCUAUCGUACAACAGAGAUCAAUCAGUUUGCCCAACAGAGAGGAAGUGCUAGAAAUUAUGAGCAGGAAAAUGAGAUUUUAGUUAAAAAGCAACAACAACUCAAACAGCAAAGACAAGGAAAUGUUAAGGCAAAAUUAAUACAACAGCAACACCAACACUAUGAGCAACAACAACAAUUACAAUUAGCAUUAAUACCACCUUUACCACCAGAAACUAGAGGCAGACAAAGAACAUUUUCAUCGACUUCUUCUUUAACAACUACAGCAAGACCCACAACAAUAGCAACAACAAUAAUUACUCGUAAUAAUACCAAAAAUAGUUUUAGAGGCCACACUAAAUACUCACAACAACAACAAAUACAGCAGCAACAACAACAACACCAAUCAAUUUUAACCCAAAGUAACCCCAACAGCAUUAACAACAUAAAUAAUAUUAAUAGUUUUAAUAAAAAUAGUAAAUUUAAUACUAGAUAUAAUUUUAAUCAUAAUAACGAUGAAAAACAACAACUAGCCAAACAUCAACAACAACAACAAAAGCAACAGCGACGACCACAACAACACCAGCAGCAACAACAGUAUCAAUAUCAACAACCAACUAUUACAACAGCCAAUAACAAACAUAAAAACGCUGGUCAUCAUCAUAAUAGAAACCAACAAAAACAACAUCAAAAUAAUAACAACAACAACAAAAACUCCAACAAUUUGAAAAAAUCCUCAAAUGCCAACAACAUCGAUAAUGAUGAAUUAAAAGAUUAUAAGAGCAAAAUCAAAAAUAAAUACAACAUCGAUUACGAUCAUUCUUUAGAUGCAGAAUAUGAAAUAAUCGAGGCCGUUGAAUGAGUGAAGGAAAAGAUAAAUAAUGCGGAGAAUGGUUAAGUAAUAGAUGGAUCAUUAUAAGAAGCUGUAGUUAUUGAUUUAUUUUAAAAAUUCUUAAAAUUUUAAAGAAUAUUUGGAAUGUUAGAGAGGGAAACUGGAAACGUUUUAUGGAAAAAGAGUUGAAAAUU